AUGUCUGAGGCACCAGAUCCCCCGUCAUAUACAGCGACACAGGCAGAAGAUAGUCGCGAAAGAGAACGAUCGAAACGAUUCCGUUUCAAGUCCCGGAGGGGGGAUGAAUAUCGCGGCGACAGUGACUCACGCGGUCACAAGCGGCGGAAGGACCACGAUUCUUCACGCAGGCACAGGAAACGUCACAGAUUGUCAGAGCCCACCAAACACGGAUCGGUUCCACAAGAACGCCCGUCGAACUACUUGUCGCCCGACCAAGCAUUUCGAGAAUCGCUGUUCGACGCACUCGGAGACGACGAAGGCGCGGCGUUCUGGGAAGGCGUCUAUGGGCAGCCCAUCCACAACUAUGCGGAUACCUAUCAAGAUGAAGAGACUGGGGAGUUGGAACGCAUGACUGACGAGGAAUAUGCGCAAUUCGUCCGGCGGAAAAUGUGGGAAAGGAGUUGGGAAGGGGUCGAAGCCGCAAAGGAGGAAAAGAGGAGAGAAAGAGAACGGGAGAAACAAUGGAUACGUGACGAAGAGAAUAGAACAGAGAGCGAGAGGCAGUCCCGUCAUGAUGACCAUAUCUUCAAUACGCAGAUCGAGGCCAAUCUCCGCCGAGGCGAAAAGCGGAAGGAGCGCAAACGGUGGCACAGUCUAUGGGAGGACUACUUGCGCCGGUGGGCAGACCUUCAGGAUCUUGCUCAAGAUCGGCCGAGGGGCGAGGGCAAAAACAUUGGCGAGCAGCUCUUCCUCCGCAACAAAAUUGCGUGGCCCGUCGAGUCAGGAAGGCGUAAAGACAUGAAUCGGGAAGAAAUUGAACGGUUCAUCAGAAAGGGCACUGCUGCCCAUGAGGUCUCGGAGGGGACUGAUCCAUUCUCGAGCGCUAUCAAGACGGAGCGGGUUCGCUGGCACCCUGACAAGAUUCAGCAACGUUAUGGAUUCAUGGAAAUCGAUGACGAGACCGUGAAAGCGGUCACAGCAGUCUUUCAGGUGCUCGACGCCAUAUGGAACGAAAUUCGAGAUCAGACAGGGUGA